UUUCUUUAUUUUUUGUUUUAUUUAAACUUAAAAAGUCUAUUACACUAUGGCCUUUUAUUAGGAGAACCGGUCUCUUGUGAAGGACGAUCUUGUCAAAGUUUUCCAGGAGUUUUACGAAAGGAGGAUUUUAAAUAACUCUAUGUCGAAAACCUAUGUUUGUUUGUUCUCGAAGAAAGAGUCUGUGACUAGAGGUAAGGACUUUAGACUGAUUAAUCUCAUCACAAGUGUGUAGAAAAUUUUGGCAUAAGUGCUGGCAAACCGAAUUAAGAGGGUUCUUUCGUUUAUGCUCUCAAAAGCGCAAGCUGCUUUUGUGACUAGGAGACAAAUUUUGGACCAAGUUCUUAUAGCCAACAAGGCAAUUGAGGACUAUAGAGCUAGAAACAAGGGAUGCUAUUUAAGAUCGAUUUUGAAAAGGCUUAUGACCAUGUGGAUUGGAAUUUCCAGGCCAAGGUUCUAGAUAGGAAAGGUUUUGGGUAUAAGUGGCGAAUGUGGAUGUGGGGUUGCUUGAGGAAUGUGAGCAUUGUAUGGUAAGUCUCCUCUGGCUCUGGUGGCCUAUGGUGAUAGAAAAACAACCAAUGAUACUUUAGAGCAACAAUCAAUAGAAAAAGAUUGAGAUUGGUGGCACUUAAAGAACAUUUGUCAAUAGCUCUUGAGCGAAUGAAAAAGACCGCAAAUAAAAAUAGCCAGGAAGUACAAUUUGAGAAAGAUGAGUGGGUGUUUCUCAAAUUGCAACCAUACUGACAACGAACAUUAGCUCGGAAAUGUUGUGAACAAUUAAACUCCAAGUGGCCUCGGACUUUGGCUGAGUGUGCCAUUUAAUCAAGGCUUCUUCCUUCCCCACAUUCGCAUUCCAACGUCUUCCCAAAACCAUUUCUGGUUGGACAUUCAUUUCAAAGUCAUCUGACAACUCCGAUAAUCAAGGAAGAAUAACUUGCCGUCCCCCACUUUCUUCUUUAUUUUUUAGAAACAUGAAAGACAUUAUGUAUGGUGGUGUCAGGAGGAAGUUGUAAUCAGUAGGCCACAACUCCUAUUUCUUCCAUAAUAACUCAAGGACCAAAGUAUUUCAAAGCUAAUUCUCAUUUUGACUUUGAGCGAAUGAUUCUUGUCUAUAGAUUAUAGGAACAUGACUUGAGGAUGACCUCUUCUCCAACUUCAAAAGUUAAAUCUCUGUGGUUCUUGUCUGUGCACUUCUUCAUUUGUUCUUGGGCUUUUGGUAUUGGAUUCAAAUAGUUCUUGUUGGGUUAUUUGAGAAGAGAGAUUUGUAAGUGUGUUCAAGGUUUCUUUGGAAUCUUCAUCAUAGUAGAACCUACCGUUGUAGAAGACUGGAUGUAGUCCCGAGUUUGGGGUGAACCAGUAUAUUUUUCGGUGUCGUUCUCUCAUUCCCCUUAUCCACUUAUCUUUUAUUUUAUGAUCGACUACUUAUUUGGCUCUAACCUGUGAAGUAGGAGUUUGAGUUAUAAUUUUGUUUAUUUUGCAUUUAUUUAUAUCUCACAUAAAUUCCCAACAACCCUCGUGUAAGUCUUCCUUUCAUCGCUUGGUUAAUCCUACCCUCGUUGGGGUGUUGUUCAUUCUUUGGAGAAUUAAGAUUCCUAGGAAAGUUAGAUUUUACUUGGCAGGUUCUUCACGGUCAUGUGAACACAUUGGACAAGAAUGUGAGGAAGUUGUCCUUGCUGAUUGGGCCUUUUCUUGUAUUAUCUAUCGAAAGGCAGAGGAAGAUCUGGACCAUAUUCUUUGAUGCUGUGAUUAUGCAAGUUGUGUUUUGGAUGAUGUUUGCUUGUCACAGAGACGUUAAUUAUGAUCGAGGAGUUCCUCUUUAAUCUUUCUUUUGGGGGAAAAAGAUCGUUUUUUAUGGGGUGUAGGUGUUUACAAUCUUAUGGGUUUUAUGGGGUGAGCAAAAUAGAAGAGUAUUUAGGGGAGUGGAUAGGGAUCCUCUGAAUGUUUGGUCCCUCGUUUGUUUUCAAGUUUCUUUAUAGGCUUUGAUCUUGAUGAUUUUCUGUAAUUAUACUUAAUGAGUUCUCUUACUUUAUAAUUUGUUUUUAUUUUAUUCUAUUUAUGUUGUGGGUCAUGUGAAGUGAGGAAACUAUUUCUACAACUGUAGGUUCUACUGUGAUUGGAGGGUAAGUAUUGGGAUCUAUAGAUGAAUAAUUAAAUAAUGAAAAUUGUUUUGUCUAAUAACAUUUGCAUUCAUUAAACAUUAUGCACUCUAGGAAACUAUUUCUGCUCUCAGCAUGCGACAUUUGAUUAAUGUUGUAGGCAUCCUUUAUUUGAUAGGACAAGUUGUGCAUUAUUCAUCUUGCAAAAAGAAUUGAGGAGAAUCUUGGGUAAGAACUUUGUUUUUCAUUUACCAGGUGAGAGAAGUGUGGAUCUUUAAGGCAAGGGCGUUAUUGGUUAGCUGCUUGUGCAGUGACAGAUCAAAAUACUUCUGAAUCUGUACAUAAGCUCAAAUGAGCAGUUCGAGAGAACAGUCUCCAGAUUGGAUGCGAUCUUUCCAAGCACCAACUGGUGUUGCUCUAUCCUCUAAUUCUGGAUCUUCAAAGAAUGGUAGCUCAUCAAUGGACAAUGCAAUUGAUCAAAGGGAUCCGUCUUCACAUAAAACUACACAGGAUUUAGAUGGAGAUCAGAUUCAAGGGGAUUGUGGCAACCAUAAUUUGGCGAAGGAAGGGAAACUCGACAGACGUACAGAACUCAGAGCACUCUGUUUGGAUGUUAUCAUCGGAUUCAGAGUCAUGUUCAGAUAAUAAUUUUAUUAAGGAGGAUUGCAAUCAUCAUGAAGAAUUAUCUGAACUUGCAACAUCUGAGAUCCAAGGGAGAAGGAAGGAUGAAAAUGCAGGUCGCAGAUUCACUGAGGGAAAAUCUAAAUCAAGGAAAGUAUCAAAAGAAAUGUCUCCCAAAAAAAAGAUCAAAUCCCAAGUUUGCACUUCAGCCAAAGAGAAAAUAAUAAAUUCUGAUACAAAUAAAGGUGGUCUUACGCUGGAAGGAUCUGAAGGCUUUGUAAGAAAUGGCGAAGAGGAGAUUUUAGAGAAGGAUGCAUUGGAUGAUUGCAUCGUACCUCCUGUUUCCUCCUCAAGAUUGCCAUUGGUGUUGUCUGACAAAGUCCAUAGGUUGAAGGCGCUUGUUGAGUGUGAAGGAACUUCAAUAGAUUUGAGUGGUGACAUGGGUGCUGUAGGACGGGUUGUAGUUUCAGAUUCCUCAUCUGCAAAAAAUGAACUUUGCCUAGAUCUUAAAGGUAAGUUUCAUCCAAAUAUGCUAUGUUUUGGCAGCAAACGUUCAGGUACACUUUACAGAGCGGUAAUAGUUCCUUCAAGGACAUUUUGCAUCGUUAGCUUUGGUCAGUCAGAGGCAAAGAUAGAAUCUAUCAUGAACGAUUUCAUUCAGUUGAAGGCACUGUCCAAAGUUGAUGAGGCUGAAACUAUGGUUGAAGGAACAUUAGAUGGCUUCUCGUUUGAUUCUGAAGACGAGGCUGAGAAAAUAACUAAGGUUGCUUCUUCUCCGGCUGACCAAAAUGAGCCGGUAGAAGGGCUCAACACAAAAUCCAAAAACAAAGCCGAGAAAUCAUCAGGGCGGAAGCGUGUUAAAUCUGGAGGAAGGCUGCAGGCUCCGAAGAAAACAAGAAAGAAAGUUCAAGGUUCUAAAACUAAAAAUGCAAAAAGCAAGAAAUGAAGUUCGAAAUCUUUGUUUGCCCCGAAAAGGGGAAUAGUCCUUUUGUCAGAAUGUAAGAGGCAAAUAGGGGGGCUUUAGCCAACCCGCUUGAAACACAACAUUUUCUUUCUCCCGUUCACCCCCUCGACAAGAAGUUUAGGUCCCGUUUUUUGUUCCUUCUUUCUUGUUCUUUAUUUUGUAUCAUUUGAAAACAAGAAAUGAGACUAUGUUUGAUAACUAUUUUCGUUAUAUGUUUCUUCAUUUUUUUUUUCUUGAAAAAACGAAAUAUAAACAUAAACAUAAAUUUGUUUGAUAAUUAUUUUUUGUUA